CAUAAGAAUGCUUCAAUUUCUGUUCUAGGGCUUGCCCAUUUCUAUUCUCCUGCAAGAAAAACGCAACAAACUCCGACAAGGAGAAGAGGUUAUAUAACUUUGGAAUCAAUGGCGACGACAGGGCAGCCAAAGCAACAGGGACAAGAACAGAAGAAAACAGCAGAGAAGAGAAAGCCUGUGUUUGUGAAAGUGGAUCAGCUAAAACCAGGGACCAAUGGCCACACCUUAAUCGCCAACGUCUUGUCCUUUAACAUGGUCCUUCAAAAGGGUCGAGCUGCUUUUCAACAUCACCGCCAAACCCGCAUCGCUGAGUGCCUUCUUGGAGACGAGACCGGCACUAUCCUCUUCACCGCUCGUAAUGAUCAAGUUGACUUGAUGAAGCCAGGUAACACUGUAAUUCUUCGUAAUGCAAAGAUCGAUAUGUUUAAGGGUUCUAUGAGGUUGGCUGUUGACAAGUGGGGCCGCAUUGAGGUCACUGAUCCUGCUAAGUUUGCUGUUAAAGAAGAUAACAAUCUAUCUCUUGUCGAGUAUGAGUUGGUUAAUAUAGUUGAAGAAUGAUAGAGACUGUAUGGACCUCAGUGAUUAGCUACUGAAGGAGUUCUUAUGAAGUGGCCUCAUUAUUCUUGUUUACUCUUCAUGAUGUUGGUGAGAUGCUAUUACGGUACAGUUUUCAUUGUGAGUGUUGGGUUUGGUAUACAAAUCUUGCUGAUGGUUGGUCUUUCUGCUUUAUCUUAAUACUUUUAACAUCUAAUAGUUUAGUUUAGUACUAGUUGAGUUUGUAGAAGACUGUUUCUUUCUCGUGAUCAAAUUGCAUCUGGAUAUUUAAGUGUUGAUAGUAAAAUCCUUCUAUAUUGAGUUUUUAGUUCUUUGUUGCUCUAAAUACUUUAUUAUGUCUCGGUUGUCCUUCAAAAUAUUAGCUUCAAAGUGAUGUCAAACUUAAUGACAUUAAGUUGAAAGAUACCCUUGCAAGUUUUUCAGUUCUUAAAUGUCCAUACAUGAUGCGUAACUUUUGCAUUCUGGCUUUAUUUGAGUGGUGAAAUUGACGAGGCUGAACAAUCAGGACCUGUACUCUGAGAUCAUUGCUAUAUAUAUGCCAUAUAUAUUGAGAUGUUCUCAGUUUAUGGUUGACAGUGAAAUUAUCCAAAGAAGCAAAGUUCAGAUCAAUUUUGGGAAGGGAAAUUACUUUCAAUAUAUGUAUGGAAGAUUCAUUUGAUUGAUGUGGUAAGAGGCCACAACGGUUCAGAUUGGACUCCAAAAGGGUUGAUGUGAGCCCUCUUUAAGCUUAUGUGUAGUGUUAUAAUAAAACCACAGCAAUUAUCUGACUUAACAUCAUCUCUGUAGAGGGCAUUGCACUGGCUUUACCAGAGUUUUGGCUGUAAGAGACAUUGUAAAAGCCGGAUAAGAGAGUUGAGAAGAGAUGAUUGAGGUUAGCCCCGUAGGUGCUAUUCGUGGUAUCGUAUACGGAUUUGAAGCAGAUUUUUUUACUGAAACAGAUGAGAGCAAAUAAGUUGGUGACCCUUGAAGAAGCCCUUGCUUUCUAGAACGAAGAGCAAAAUCCAAACACCGUCUUCCUUUCAGAUUACGAAUCUUGAUUCCAUAUAUCCAAAUAUAUUUAUUAAUUCUAAUACGCGUCAGUGGCAAUGCUUGGACGGUUCUCUGCGAAGACUUUGUAAGUCUGGUUAUCAAAAAAAUAAUCUACUUGGAUGAAAGCUGAGAGGUUUCUUUUUUAUUUUAUCAGCUGCAUUAAACAUGGCGGGCUAGCAGCCUGGACUUUGGUCAUCGGGGGGCCGCACCCGUGGACUUUGACUACUGACCCGUCCAUAUUAGUUUAACUCAUAGCUUCCCUAAGGGGUCCAUGGAACAGGACAAAUUAUUAACACUGUGUUUGGGUGUGCUUGGAUUGAGGGGAGAGAAAAAAAAGAAAAG